UUAGCGAUAAGAGUGAUGAACUAAUGUAAAUAAAUAUGUAGUUAUACUACUGUGUAUUAACUUUUAUUCAUUUCAGAUCUCUGUUAUGUGAAAACUUGAGUAAAAACUACUCAUAUUUUUGAUUCUUUCAUUUAUUUUUCAAUAAGUUAUUCGUGAACGCUGGUUUGGGGCUUGUGAUUCAUACCAUUUUUAAGGCUUGAAGUUUGGUGAUUUGAAUUUGAAGACAAAAUGGUCCUGGAAUCUCCAUAUAAAGGGUGUAUGGCUCCUGUUUUCACUCCAUUUGAUGACAAAGCUCUUCUCAAUGUAUCUGUCGUAGACGAUUAUGCUAGGAGUUUAGCACAACGCAGUGUAAAAGCUGUUCUAGUAAAUGGUACAGUAGGAGAAGGAGUACUAAUGAGUUUAUGUGAACGAAAGAAGUUGGCAGAAGCUUGGGUAAAAGCUGCAGAGAAGUAUGGAUUGCACGUCAUGGUACACGUUGGAGGAACUAAUUUAAAUGGCGUUAGAGAACUGGCUCAACAUGCCGAAUCAUUGAAAGUAUCAUCAAUUCUUUGUCUACCAGAUUUCUUUUUCAGACCAACAAGCAUAAACGAACUUGUAGAUUAUUUAAAAGUGGUCAGUAAAGCAGCUCCUAAAACACCUUUAUUCUAUUACAACUAUCCAGCUUUAAAUGGAGUCAAACUGGACAUGGUGAAAUUUUUAGAACUCGGAUAUGACAGCAUACCUACUUUAGCAGGCUUGAAAUACACCGAUGUUAAUUUAGAAGAAAGUUUUCGUUGUACUCAAGUCCGUAAUGGCGCAUUUACAAUAUUUUUAGGAUGCGAUCAAUUAACAGCACCAGCUUUGUCCAUGGGCUUCGAUAGCUUCAUAACCACAUUUUUAAAUGUAGGGUCCCAAUUGAUUUUCAAAAUACAAGAUAAAAUCAGCUCCGGUAAUAAUGAAGAAGCGAGACAAAUUCAGACUCGUAUAACAAAUCUGUGCACUUUUAUCAACAAGGAGAUGCAAUGGAUUAAUGGAUUCAAAGAAGCCAUAACUCUGGUCACAGGAAUUAAUUUGGGUGCUCCUCGGGCUCCUUUGCCACCGCUUACCGAUGAACAGAAAACAAAACUGAAGGAAUAUCUUACAAAAGAAAAAUUUUUGUGACUCCAACUUUUAGGCCUAAUGUAUACCUAGUUACCUACCUACAUGUUAAGAUUUUAAUAUCAUGUACUUCACCUGCCUAUUUUAUCUAUCUCUUGUGUACUGUUCACUGUUGCCUGUGUAAUAUGAUCAUCUAAGUACUUAUUGUACGUAAUUGUAAUACAAGACAAUAUUAAAUUAUUCCUUUUCUAUCCUG